UGAAUACAUUACCUACCUACCAUAGCUGGGAUAAUUGCUGUAUUUUCGAUUUAUUGUAUUUUAAUGGCAUUGGGUUUAUUUGUGUCAGAACGGCAUAGGGCUGGACACGUAGCUGCAGUCCCGUGGUGACCUGGUCUCUGCUGUGUCUGACUGCCCGUGAGCUGUGAUGGCGGACAGUGGCAGUGGACGUCUCAGGGAGGUGCUGCCCCGCCAGGGUCUGCUGCAUUCUGAGGAUGCUCCGAGCAUGGUGCUCUGCAAGCCCAAACUGCUGCCACUCAAGUCUGUGACGCUGGAGAAGAUGGAACAGAUGCAGCGAGAGGCGGACCAGAAGGCCCGUGACCAGGCGCGACAGCCAACCUCCGCUGGCCGGAACUGAACUGCACCACGUCACCGCAACUUGCUGCCAGUCCCACGCAGAGAUCAGACUACAGCGGAGUUGAGCUUGACUAAACUUUGACAUACUGCUACUGUGUCGAGGGCCAGUGUAGAGAAACAUUGGGCAAUAAGUGGGACCUGGAGUGAAAACCUGUGGAGCCAUUCUAGCCAAGAACUAAGCUACAGAUUGAUGGGACAUUGACAUAUUAGUUCUGUACAUUUAUUGAAGGUAAUUUAGUAAUUUUGGCCGGGACAGCGUGUGCAUUAUAUCAGAGACACUGAGUGAAUUAUUGGUCACUGCAUGUGAAACGCACAUCUGGCACACUGAACUACUUAAACCCAAGAAGUGACACAGGCAACUCAGUGGACUGCAAACUUUCUGAGAUCAGUGCACUUUGUAGCCGUAAUCGCUCCACAGUGUAGGUAAAUCCCCAGUGCUGAGUCAGUGAUAUCUAGCAGAAGUCCAUCAAUACCAAACCAUCACGAUGACAGCGGGCCCGCUGUCAGUGGAGAUUGUCGCCACCUUCUGCGUGGCGGCCGCGCUGCUGUAUCGGUACGGCGACUGGCGUAACCACCACGUGUUCGUCACGAUCUCGGUGCUGAUCGCCUGGUACUUCUCACUCAUCAUCGUCUUCGUCAUCCCCAUGGACGUGUCCAGGACGGCGUACAACAAAUGUGUCCGUGAUCACGAUCUGCCUGUGAGCACCACUACCGUGGCACCGCCGUCCAACGACACCAUUCUGCCGGACAACGUCACCAUCACCACCGUCACCAGCGCCAACACCAGCGUCACCACGGCAGUGCCAUCCACAGUCGCCUUUUUCGGCUCCUCGAGUGACGCGCCGAUCACGGCCGGCCCCUCCCCGGAGCCGACACCGUGCGAGCGGCCCUGGAGCUACGUAUCCGAGGCAGUGAUGAUCGACCUGUGGCGCGUGGUCUACUGGACCUCGCAGGCGCUCACCUGGCUCAUCAUGCCGAUGACGCAGUCGUACACCCAGGCAGGCGACUUCACCGUCAAGGGGAAGCUGCGCACGGCGCUGGUGGAUAACGCAAUCUAUUACGGGUCGUACCUGAUCAUCGCCAUCAUUCUGCUGAUCUACAUCAGCACGCAGCCGGGCGUCCAUGUCGACGGACCGCACCUGAAGCUGAUCGCCUCGUCUGCCAGUAACACGUGGGGCCUAUUCCUGCUGGUUCUGCUGCUCGGCUACUCCCUAGUGGAGGUGCCGCGCGCCCUGUGGCACGCCGCCCAGCGCGGCUGGAGCCUCCGGCACGGCUACUUCCGAGUGGCCAAACUGAGCGCCGAACGCUCCGAGGCAGAGGAGGCCCUCGAUGACGUACUGGAUUCGUUGCAGCUGGCUUCGGAGGCGAUCAGCGGCAGCCACCCGCUGCGGCCCUGCGUGGACACGGUGCUGGCCAAGGUCCCCGCCGGGCUGCAGCAGAGGAUGAAGCGCCGGCAGCGAGCCGGGGACGCGGCGCCCAUGCCUACCCAGAAGUCGCUGGUGGCCCUGCAUCGGCAGGUGAUCCGGGCCCUGCAGCACCACCACCGCACCGAGGCCCAGUGGGAGAUGUUGGUAGAGGAGGUGAUCGAGCUUGAGGACGUAUCUGAGAACCAGCGUCACCGAGACGGCUACUUCAAACCGAGCCUUCCCCGACCGCCCAGCUGGACCAGUCUCAUUAUUGGCGCGCGGCUAGAAUGGUACUGGAAGUGCCGCCUACGCGGAUAUGCACUCCGCUGCCUCUCUGUGGUCUGCGCCAUCACAUCCUUCAUGGUGGUCUGGUCGGAGCUCACCUUCUUCAACAAGAGCCCGACACUGUCGCUGUUCGCAGUCUUCAUCAACGCCGCAAAGUCCAACUACGACUAUCUGGCGAUUGAGGUGAUAUCUAGUCUCACAAUAGCUUACCUCUGCGUCUGUACUUACUACACGAUAUUCAAGAUCCGCGUGUUGAACUUCUACUACCUGGCUCCGAACCACCAGACAGAUCAGCACAGUCUCAUCUUCUCCGGGAUGCUGCUGUGUCGUCUGACCCCACCACUCUGCCUCAACUUCCUCGGUAUGAUCCACAUGGACAGCCACAUCAUCAAGGACAGGGUGGACGAGACCGCUUAUACCAAGAUCAUGGGCCACAUGGACGUGUUGGCCAUCCUGUCGGAGGGUUUCAACAUCUACUUCCCCAUGUGCGUGCUGGCCUUUUGCCUGGCCACGUGGUUCUCGCUGGGCGCGCGGCUGCUCAGCUUCCUCGGCUUCCAGCAGUUCCUCGACCAGGACGAGAUCACCACCGACCUGACGGACGAGGGCCGCGAGCUGGUGCGGCGAGAGCACCGGCGCCGGCAGCGGCAGAGCGGCGCCGAGACGCGCCCCGCCCCGCGCGCCGACCCCGCCCCCACUGGCGGAGGAGGGGGAGGGUGGGGCAGCCAGGCGUACCGCGCCGCCGUGCAGCGCGCCGAACAACGCAUGCGCUCGUUCCUGCCCCGCUCGGAGUCGGGCGAGUCGGCGCGGCUGGAGCUGCUCGGGUCGCCCGAUCCGCCGUUCCCGGGCCGGGAGCGGCCGGCACGCGACUCCUGGACCGAGCCCGAAGUCGAGAGCGUCGGACGCGUCGGAGACGACGGCUUCAGCUACAGCCGCACCGGCCGGCCCGCAGCGCCCAGAGGCAUCUUCGACGACGUGUGAGCGGGAGGGGCGGGACGGGAAGAUAUGUGUGCUGGACGGGAGGGUUGGGAGGAGUGAUGGAGUUACUAAGUCAAGUCAGGACUGGUCAGUCGGCAGGCGGCAGUCCGAGCUGCCACCAAGCAGCGGGAGGGCUGCCAUAUUUUCGCCGGGUCGUUGGAUAGAGUAGUAAAGUAAUCUUGGUUGGAUACCGAGCACACAUUGGAUCGAUAGCCUACAGUGUCAGUGCUGCGGCUUCUCGGUCCAAGUGUAUCUCUCUAAUGCGUUCCAGUGGUAUUUGAUAGAGAAGGGAACUCGGCGCAGGGUCGGCAUUUAUGGGAAGUUAAUUCAGCAGCAGUCACAGACGUGGGUGGCAUUUUAUAUCGCGUGCACAGAGUAUGAUUCUAUUUACGGAGGCAGCAGCGGCCGGGGGCGAGCCAUCACGUCGCUAACGAUCUACCGAUAAAUACGUUUUUAAGACCUAUAAAGACAGCAGGCUGCUAAGCUGCCGUCACUUCACGCCGUCGCUAAGGAGGUUAUUUAUGCUAUUUAUUUCGCUUUAUGGGUGUCAGCUUCCCACUGUCCGUUGGGACGCGUAGGUUGUGACGCGUCAGCACAAGGUCAUUAUUUAGUCGUCGGUGUGCCAGCUAUAGCCGUGCUGUCUAUACACUAAUGUACGCUGCUGUUUUGUAUAUGCACUGUGAUGAGUCGCCUACGGUAUCGUAUUUGCCAUGGCAGGUUGUGUGUGUGAGUUUACGAGAAAAUGCAGAUUUUCCUUUAUCAAAGAUUGUGCUGGCUAUUUCAUGAAAUGACGGUGUAAGGUGAUUUCUUCGGGCAUUUCUUUUAACUCCGUGCGGUGUGCCUGUGGUUUCCUGUCUGCGUCAGAACAUGUGUGGGGACCCGGGAUGUCACAGUGGAGCUUCUUCAUUCGCCAUAACCGGCCUCCGCCGUGCGUUGGACCGGGGCUGGAGCUUUCUUCGUGAUUUUUUUUUUUUUUUCACGUCUGAGAGUUUGUGCUGGCUGGGGUUAGGGUUGAGUGAUAGGGGCGAGUGUGCUGAUGAGGACCGACAGACCGGAGCCAGGUCAGGUCAGGCUCGGGUUGUAUUCUGCGAUCUCAGCUGUUUAGGAUCGGUAUAGCUUCUGGUCGGAAUAUACGUGUCCAAUAUUA